GGUGAAAAGUGAUGGACGUCUGUCUGUGCGCAAAGUGACUGACUGACUGACUGACUCCGAACGACAGAGUUAAGUGUUAUUGCGGUUUUUCAUUCGGUGCGCUCGGUUUCAGAUUAGCAAGAUUACAUGUGAAUAGUGUUUAAGGGAUUUUGAGAUUAGUGUUUUAGUGCGCUUCAUUGUUUUAGUUGGAGCAAAAGACGGAGUGUUAUAAGUGAAGCUAAAUAGCGCGGGAGCAACAGACGCAGCAACAGGAUGAAGUUUUUAUAUCUGCUGGCGCUAUUCUUUUUUGGUGCCAUCAUGCGUUCUCAUGCACUACCGGUUAAAGUUAGCAAACCGAAGGCACUGACCACGAGCCGGGACGAUCGGUCGGUCGGGGCCGUAACCAGCGCAACACCAUCGAAAGACACUACGAAACCCCCGUACCUGAUCCGGGUCGUUCCGCAGGAGCAGGAUGAGUUUGAGAAGCUGUUGGAUUUUUUCGCAGUUGGGGGGAUCGAUUCGCCCGCCGAGUCAGCAGAAUCUCCCCAAAAGAAUUCAUACGGCUCCUAUGAACCCCGACAGGAUGAUCUAACGGAACCGUUGUUGCCUCCACCGGUGGAACAGAACGAACCGAACUACUAUGCUGAGAAACCAAAGAAGACUAAGAGUAAAAAGUAUAUGCCAAACCAGAAAUUGGUCAACAUAAAAAACGCGGAAAACAUCGAAAAGAUCGAGAACGAAAAAUCUAGACUGAACAGUGCUCAAGGAGAGGUCGAUGAAGAGUACUUCCUGGAUGGGUUGGAUCUGGAUAAGCUUUUGGCUUCGGCAUGGCUGACGCAAGCUGAUGCUGAUGCGGAGGCAACGAGGACAGCGAAGGAUCUGAAACAGGCGGACUUGAACACCGGUGAAUUUAUUCCCAGUCAACAGCGACGGAUGGACGAAAACACCAGGAGAUUGCCGAAUGAAAACGAAGGUGCUCGAGUUGAUUUUCAGCUGCACGGUCAUAAAGGACCAACCAGUUAUGCCUUUGGAUAUGACACGGGUAAAGGGAAGAAUCGGCAGUUUCACGUAGAAGAGCGCGAUGAACAGGGUCGCGUUCGAGGGAAGUAUGGUUACUUCAUGAAAAACGGAAAAUUCCGAACCGUUGAGUACAGUUCAUCGCCCGACCAAGGCUUUCGGAUCGAGAAUUAAGAGUGUGCAAUCUUCUAGUUAUUUAUUGUUAUGGUAUUGUACAAAUUUAAACAAAAAUACACAUUUUAAACAACGA